CCAAAUAAAUACAUUGUUUUUGCCCGCGCUUACAUAAAUUUCCUCAAAGGCAAAAGCCCUAAAACUAAAAUCACUCCUCUUUUGCCCUAGCUAUGGCGGAUUGGUCGUUACUUCCAUACGAUUUACUUGUUACAAUAGCAAAUCGUGUUACGAUUAUUGAGGAUUUCGUUGUAUUUGGUGCUGUUUGUAAAUCAUGGCGAAUUGCCGCUACCAAAGAAAAUUUUGAUGGACCAUUCCCACAACUUCCAUUGCUUAUGUCGGCUGCUGAAAAAGACGACGACGACAAUGAUUACCGAGAAUUUUUCUCUCUUUCUAAGAAGAAAAUAACACGAGUAUUUCUCCCAGAAGCUAAAGAUCGAGAAUGUUUUUCAACAAUGGGAUGGAUUGCUACUUUUGAAUAUAGAGGUAUCGGAGAAAUGAAGUUAUUGCAUCCUUUUUCACAUGCUCAAAUUCAUCUUCCUCCACAUAUUGGCUUGAGAUAUUGGGAACCAACUCAUGAAAGUAGCUAUGUGUCUAUCAAUAAAAUUAUGUUAUCUGCUAAUCCUUCGUUAUCAUCUGAUUAUGUUGUGAUUAUAUCGUAUAGUAGGCAUAAAAGUUAUUUGGCUUAUUGGGAACCUGGUGAUCUCUUUUGGACUCCAAUUUAUGAUGUUGAUGGAUUUGGUGAAUUAUGGGAUAUCCACUACUUUAAUGGACAGUUUUAUGUGAUUACUUCUACUGGAGUUUGGGUUAUUGAUGAGGAUUAUGAACUCCAUUUGGUUAUUCAGAAAAACAGUUAUGGUCCACUAAAGCAGCUUUAUCUUGUUGAACUAUUACUUGUUUCACAAUUUUGUAACUAUGAUACUGUUGAUGGAUUGAAGACCUAUAAAUUUCGAGUAUGGAAACUAGAUUUAAUUAGAAGUAAAGCAAAAAAAUUAGAGUCUUGGGAGAUAGAGCAAUUUUUCUGGGGAAGAAUGGAUCAAUUUCAGUUGACGCGUCUAAGUCUAUAGGAGUGAAACCUAAUCACAUCUAUUUUACUGAUAAUUGGGAAGGAGGAGAUGGCACAGAUAUGGGAGCUUAUAGUCUUGAAGAUGGAAAAAUUCAAUCUUUUUAUCCGGGCAUUUCUGUUAGUCCUAUUUGUAUGCCAUCUUGGGUUAUCCCAUCAUUGUGAUAUCAAAAGGGGAAUUGCACAUACCUCCACGGCAUUCUCUCGCCUUUUAGUUUUGGCCAUUUAUUUAUGUUUUCUGUCUUAUCAAAAUGAAGUUUUAAGAAUUAUUUGCUUUCUUUGAUUGUAAUCGUGUCUGUAUGUUUAUGUUUUGAAUUUCAAUCUUCUUUAAGUAAAUUUUAAUGAUACUUCUUAUGAAUGAUUUAGGCAUGUGAUUUUCACUAUGCAAAUACACCUCUUUAA